CGUCAUUUUCUGUGCGAAGGCUAAAUAUCUGAUUUAUAACUCAGGCAUUCAAUGCACCAUACGGCUUGACCCACUUUUCCACAUGCGCCACUGGAGCGUUCCGAGCAUGCGUCAAGCUAAAGCGAGUACACUAGAACCUAAAGGAGGUUUCGUGUGUUCCCGCUAAAAUGAGAUGAAACGUAGAACUCUCACACGCGCUGGAUAAUCUCAAGACGAAAUAAGUGCAUAUACGUGGAUGAAUUAUAGAGUGCAUGGCCUGAAGGUAAAGUGUGCGAACCUCUGGGGGGAAUAAGCCAUGUUUCUACUUCCGCUAUACCACGUAACCACAACUUUAUUUUGAAAGCCGUUCCCGGAAAUGACGAGUAUCUAUUGUGGCUAGCUUCACUCCGGUUCCGCGUGUUGAUGCUGAACAGAGGACGAGAGAGAAAACAAGCUUUCCAUAACGUAAAGAACCAAAGCCAGGAAAAACCGGAGGAAAAUGGACAUGAAGAAGAGGGUCUCCUUAGAGUUGAGGCACCGGUCGCCCUCGGAGGUCCAGGAGCUGGUGCUGGAUAACUGUCGCUCGAGCGAAGGAAAGAUCGAGGGAAUCACAGAAGAGUUCUCGAAUCUGGAACUGCUCAGCCUCAUCAACGUCGGCCUGACCAGCGUCGCAGACAUCCCAAAGCUGGCCAAACUCAAAAAGUUGGAGCUCAGUGACAACAGGAUAUCAGGUGGUCUGGAGGUCCUGGCAGAGCGGCUGGUGAACCUAACGCACCUUAACCUCAGUGGGAACAAGUUCAAAGACAUCAGCACCCUGGAGCCGCUGAAAAAGCUGCCCCAGCUGAAGAGUCUCGACCUGUUUAACUGCGAGGUGACAAACCUGGCCGACUACAGGGAGUCCAUCUUCAAGCUGCUCCCCCAGCUCACCUACCUGGACGGCUACGACAUCGACGACUGCGAGGCCUCCGACUCCGAGGGCGAGGGAGACGGCGUCGACGAUGAGGACGAAGAAGAGGGCGAGUCAGAGGACUUUGAGGAAGAGGAAGAGGAGGAUGAAGAAGACGUAGUGGCUGAGGAGGACGACGAAGACGACGACAGCGGUGAUGAGGAUGGAGAGGUGAACGGAGAUGUGGACAGCGAGGAAGAAGACGAUGAUGAAGAUGAAGAGGAUGAUGAGGACUCGUCUCCAGCCAAAGGAGAAAAGAGGAAGAGGGACCCCGAGGACGAGGAUGAUGAUGACGAUGAUGAAUGAGGGCCUGCAGAGACCCCUCCCUGACCCCCGCAAACCCUGCUGACCUCUUAUCCACUCAGUCUAAAUGUCUCAUCCCUGCUGCCAAUUCUUCCCCCUCUGCCUCCUCCCACUUUCACUCUGGGCCACGUCCCAUUUCUGACUCUGGUCUCCUCGCUUGUCGCCUGCCAAAUUGACAUCCGUUAUUGUCUAAAACGCCUCAUUAAUUAUUUGUUUUGCUUUUUUUUUUUUUUUUUUUUAAAUACUUUCAUUUCCACAAGUUGAGCCAAAUUUUUUUUCCCAUUGUCAUCAACAACUUACAGCCUCCAUUUAGUCCUCUGUUUUUGCCGCAGUGUUAUUCUUUUGGUUUAAUGGCAGCACGUUUAUUUUUUGUGAACUCAGGAAAGAA